AUGGGAUCUACACAGAGUAGCACAGCCUAUCAGAUGGUCAAGAUGAACAAGACUGGAUCCAAGGUAGUGCUUUCAGCACAGAAAGGGUCUCAGGUUACUAAGACAACCCCUCAGCAGGGACAUUGGUACUUUCUUGCCUCAAGCCAGCCAAGCGCUACAGUCUCCCUGAGCCCAUCAUCCCAUCGAAGAGCUGACCCUGGGCAUCCUAUCACUCCCAGUUUGGUGUCAGAGUAUUCUCGACCUGUCUCCCCCGAGUCAGGGCCCAGCUUCUGUGGAGCAUCCAUCCCUAAGGGAACUGAAGCCCGAUCAAAAUCAAAAGUAUACCACCAUCCUUCUCUUGCAAGGAAGGUCCAGCAAACUCAGACGUCAGCUUCUCACGCUACCCAGAUGCCGGGGAAUGUCAGUCCAUCCAGACACGAAUCAACACAAAGAGGGGCUGAGAGCAAGUCAGGGUGUGAUAGCAGUAAUCGCCACUCAUUAACCGCGGAUAGGAAAUCUCACCGGUUGAGUUUUAUAGACCAGAAGGAUAAUUUACAGAUCUUACAAGAAGAUCCACCCUCCAAAGUCCAGUAUCCACAAGGGGUCAGAGUUCCCUACAGGCCUAUGGUUUGCCCAAAGGAUAAAGCAGUUCAAACUGAGCCCAUCCGAAAGAGUUCAAGAGCAAGUCUAGGUGUUGAAAUGAAAUCUGCUGCUCAGAUGAGAUCUCCAAUGAGACCCUCUAGCCCAAAACAUGCCAGCAGCCACAUCUCUGCCAACUGUCAGAGAGCCCGGAGAAGGAUCCCCGGUCAAGAGUCUGAAAUGGGUCAUCACAGCUCAGUGUACACUGAACCCAAGGCACUGCGUAGGAAAAUGAACUUGGAAUCCCUCAGACUCUCUGUCCUUAAAGAUUUGGAUGGUGAACACCAAGUUUGUGUUCGUCCAGGGCCAGAGUGUAUCCGCAAGCCGUCUGCCUACACUGAAACCAGGCCCUCCUCAGAGGUCUUAGUGUCAUCAGAAGUGGAGUCCAGCAUGAAGUCCUCAAUCCGAGGAGACAGCGAGGUGGGCCGCAGGGUCACCAUCUCCCCAAGGGGACAGUCAGUUCACCGUGUGACAUUUCGAGCAGUGCCUGAGAGGCCCCACAGAUCUGCGUAUCCAGAACCCUCCCAAAAGCCCUCUCUCCAUGCAGAACUGGAACUGACCCCUCGGCCCUUACCCCCUCGGUCCUUACCGAAGUAUGGGCCUGACUCCUCGUGGUGGGCUCUACUCAGUCUUGACGCUGAAACGUGCCAAAGCCGGCCAACAGCACCUGAUUUCAAGCCUAAGUGUCCUCCUGCCCGAGACCUUUUAUCGCCCUUCUUUGAAACGGACUCAGGCCCUUUCUGUAAGGAUCAGAUGUUCCAGAGAGAGAAGGCAAGUCCGUCACUGCCACCAGCACCAGCACCAAAGGAGUCUCCAAACCGGGCACCAUUGAGGGAAGUGCCGCAGGCCCCCAAGCACGCCUCCAAAAAACCCAUUCAAUGGUUCAGUGCUUUCAUCCUGGAUGUCUCUGAGGAAAUGCACAAUCAUGUCAUCUGGUGGCUAAAUGGUCUGUGCUUUUCCCUCCUGGGGGUCCACCUGGGAGCACUCCAGCCCUGUUCAGCAGCAGAGCUGCUCCACAGAAGCCGGGAAGAGAAGACAGGCAUCUGGGCCUGCUGGUUUUCUCUGGCUCUGUGGAAGUGGGAUGGCAUGGAGGUGGGCCGGGUAGUCCUGGCCAAGCAUGAGAGCACUAGGCCCUCCUCAGCCUGUCCCCCAGGCUGCAUGGCCCACAGGUGGUUGCAGAAUGGAGACCGUGGUGCUGGUGUCCAAGGCCUUUGGUUCCUCUGCUCUGGGAAUGGAUGA